AUGUCAGAAUACAAGACCACGACUGGCUCAAAUGGCCCAAAUACUGGUCGGGAAGACCAACUAGAAGCAGAGACUAGUGUACCUAUCAACAUGAGACCGUCUAUUGAUGUACAAACGGUACCUAGUUCUACUAGUAGCACUACUGGUAGCACUGGUAGUAGUUCGGUCUACGUUAAAAGCACAUCGCCUCUUCGAUUAGAAACACCAAGAACACCGCCUUUUCGCAGUAAAUCGUCUCCACCAUUUUCACCCGGGUCACCAAACUCCAACUCUUCGCCAGGUCCAGAGUCUCCAGUGACCCCAAACUCAAGUUCACAUUUCCGAAACCACGACCCAAUUCCAUUAAUACUGUCCAGCCCCUUAUAUAACGACCAUGACGACUUAAUACCCCUCCCGUUUUCAAAAUCAACUCUGUCUCGAACAUCGUCACAACGCUCUUCGCAUAAUGUACAUAUCCAGCCCAAAGUGUCUAUGGCCGAUGUACCAGUAGAUUCGGGUUUGUUCAACCUCUCAUUGCCAUACGAACCUACUGCUCCAUUAAUCACAUACCCUCGAGUACUGGAUAUCAGUGCGUUUGGAAGCACAUAUCCAGCACAGGUCAACAAUCCUGGUGGGUCUGCUGAAAUCAACCUGCUUGGAACCGGAAACUUCUGUAAAACGGUCUUAUCUCAACCUGACCCAGUAACUGGCCAAGUUUUUGCUGUGAAAAUUCCCAAAAACAAUGCUCAAGGCGCUCUAAUACGGCACGAGGCAGCCAUUCUCUCACUUGUCUAUGAAGACACAUCCACGUCAAUUCCAGGAAUCAUAUCCUUCUACGGAAUAGUCGAGACCACACUGGACGAUGUGUCUCUCACCGGCAUAGCUAUGAAAGUAUACCAACAAACCUGUCAAACGUUUCUGUCGACCUUCGAUCCAUUUUCGCCCUCUAAUAAUAUUAAUACUUCUAGCGAAGCAUCGUCAUUCAUUUCGUUUACCGAUCCGUUUAUCGGAUUCGCAUUAUGGAAGAAAUGGGCAUCACAACUCAUCGACGGGCUUCUGUUUCUUCAAUCCAAACAGAUUGUCCAUUGCGACAUCAAACCAGACAACAUCCUUCUCGACGAGAACCUGAAUGCACAUAUCGGAGACUUUUCAUCAGCCCAAACCGACAGCGAACUCAACUCCUCCACCACCACUGCUACCUCGUCAAUCCAGACCAGCGACUACAACUCCAACUCCAGUCCAACCACUCAUAAAAGCCUUUCAUUUGGCGCCUUUGCCAUGCAAUUCUCAGCGCCCGAACUGCUUCAACCGCCGAACUCACCCGACCUCAGCAUGCCCAACUUCUCAACCGAUGCCUACUCCCUCGGCCUCACACUCCUCAACUUCGCUACGGGCAGCGAACCAUUCAGCAGCGCCGUCAAACACGUCACCCAAAAACUAAUGUGGGCUCGCAAAGGCGCUGCCCUCCAAGCCUGUUCCCCCGAAGACAACCUCCGACUCACCACCAUCCGACCGACCCUGACCUCCUUCCUCGUUACCCGUGCACCGCUCGCCGAAAUCAAGGCCUCGCUCUGCUCUCUGUAA